AUGGACAGCGAUGAGUUGAGUUUCAGGACCAUGGACAGCACCAUGCUGAACGCUACAGAACUAAUGGACAGUGAUGAGUUGAUGGAGUUGUGUACGGACUGGUCGGUGGACUACCUGCGGUACCGGGUGCUGGCGGGUGAGCCGGUGUUUGUGCGCUGUGCCCUGUUCUACGGGUACAUCCGUGCCAACCACUCGCGCGCCCAGAGCACGGGCCUGCGGCUCAUGUGGUACCGCAGCGGCGGGCCGGGCGCGGCCGAUUACGAGGAGCCCAUCGUCUUCGACGGGGCGCGCGUCACCAAGGAGGAGGACAACAUCUGGUUCAGACCCGCCCAGGUGGACGACAGUGGACUCUACUCCUGUGUGCUGCGGAACUCCUCCUACUGUGUGAAGGUGGCCAUGUCUCUGGACGUGCUGCAGAAUGACUCGGCUCCGUGCUACAACUCCCAGCUGCGCUUCUCUGAGAGGGCUGAGCUGAGCAAGAGCAAGGAGUGGAGGGCUAGUGUGCGCCUGCAGGAGACGUCUCUGGUGUUUGAGGCGGUGCAGGAGGACGACCAGGGGAACUACACCUGUGAGCUGCAGCUCCACCGCUACCUAGUGCGCCGCACCACACACCUGAGCAUCACAGCUCCACUGACAGAUAAGCCCCCAAGACUUCUGUUUCCCGCCGAGAAUAAACUCAUCACCAUGGAGAUGCAGCUAGGCAGUGUGGUGAACCUGACGUGCUGGGCCUGGUUUGGCUUCAGUGACAUGAGUCCCGUGCUCUAUUGGCUGAAAGGAGACCGCUUCAUCGAGGACAUGGACCAAACACGCAUCAGAGAGAGUGAGAUGAGGCUGGUGCAGGAGCAUCUGGGGGAGAAGGAGGCGGCCGUGUCCCUGACUAUCGACUUCCUGGAGGAGGAGGAUCUAGGGAACUACUCAUGCUACGCCGAGAACGCCGUCGGGAAGAGAUACGCCAGUGUCAUAAUCACCAGGAGAGAGCUGAUGUACACUGUGGAGCUGGCUGGAGGUCUGGGUGCAGUGCUGCUGGUGCUGGGGCUGCUGCUGUCUCUGUACAAGUGCUGCAAGCUGGACAUCCUGCUCUGCUACAGGCAGUACUUCGGCAGCGAGGAGCCGGACAUGGAGGAGAAGGACUACGAUGCGUACCUGUCCUACAGUAAGGCGGAGCCUCAGUGGGGGGAGGAGCUUGAGGAGGAGGAGAACUUUGCGGUGCACAUUCUCCCUGAGGUGCUGGAGCGCCACUAUGGAUACAAACUCUUCAUCCCCGACAGGGACCUCAUCCCCACCGGCACCUACAUCGAGGACGUGGCGCGCUGCGUGGACCAGUCGCGGCGGCUGAUCAUCGUGCUGACGCCGGGCUACGUGCUGCGGCGCGGCUGGAGCGUGUUCGAGCUGGAGGCGCGUCUACGCAACAUGCUGGCGUCCGGCGACAUCAAGGUGAUCCUGAUCGAGUGCGCGCCCGGCCUGCGCGGCCUCAUCAACUACCAGGAGGUGGAGGCGCUCAAGCAGGGCAUCAAGGCCCUGAGCGUGCUGCGCUGGGCGGGCGAGGGGAGCUCGAGGCCUGGCUCCCGCUUCUGGAAGUCCCUGCGCCUGGAGAUGCCCUUCCGGCGCCCGCCGCCGCGCCCCAGCCUGGCGCGAGGAGGCCGAGGUCAGCCGCUGGACGCCAGCGAGGCGGGGCCGUUCGGAGACCUGCGCGGCGUCUCGGCCGUGUCCAUGGCGACGGCGGCGGCCCCGGCGGUGGUGGCCACGGCGACGGUUGCCCCGUCCGACCUGCGCUCGUCGUCGCUGACGUCCCUGCGGGGGGUGGGGGGGGCGGUGGAGCGCUACCACGCCACGCUGCUGCGCCAGAAGAACCCCUACCAGACCUACGAGCUGCCCUACGAGCUGCCCGCGCUCACCCGCACCGGCACCCUGCCCCCGCAGCACACCUACUGCAACAUCCCGCUCACGCUGCUCAACGGACAACACACGCAGGGCAAGUCUCGGGUGCAGAGGCAGCGCAGCCUGGACCAGCCCUACGCCAACCACCACGCCAUACUGCCGCUGUUGCCACGGGAGACCAGCGUGUCCAGCGUCAUCUGGUGACCACCGAGGGGCCACUCACACACACACACACACACACACACACACACUCU